UGUGGCUCAGAACUAUCAUGUUUCUACGUGAUCCUGAAAAUAAAGAGAGUGCAUCAUUUAGGAAGGUUUGGAUCCUGAUGAAUCCAAUUGAUUUCAUCCUGUUGGGAUUUCAAAGGAGUUGGGAUCUCCAGUUGUUCCAUGGGGCUCUUUCCUUUGCUGUGCAUUCAAGAGACAUUCAAGGCUUUAAAGAAUUUCUUCAAGUCAUCAAACCUUCAGCCCACAAAGAUGCAUUUCUUCAAGAGGUUUGGGAGCAAUUGUUUGACUGUCUUUUUUCAAAGGCAGACUUAUCUUCAUUGAUCAAUGAAACUUGUAGUGGGGAAGAGAAUUUGGAGAAUCUGCCUGCACCUCUGUUUGAAUUUCAGAUGACUGGCGAAAGCUACAGUAUCUAUAAUGCUGUUUAUGCAGUGGCACAUUCUUUGCAUGAGGCACUGAGAUCAAAAUCCCAACCAAGAGAGAUUCAAAGGGUUGAAUUACCAAUUCUGCUGUCUUGGCAGCUCCAUUCGUUUCUUCAAGGCAUUUCUUUCAACAAUUCAGCUGGGGAGAGAGUGUUCCUAAAUCAGAAAGGGGAAGCAACAGGUGGAUUUGACAUCACCAACUUGAUCACUUUUCCAAAUAGAUCCUUUCAGAGAGUUAGAGUUGGAAAGAUGGAUCCUCAUAUUCCCAACGUGAAGGAAUUAAUCAUUGAUGAAGAGCUGAUUGUGUGGCACCCCGCUUUUAACCAGGUGUGCUCUUGUUUGAUCAACUCCUCCUUGAUCCAUUAUGAUCCAAUAUUGAACGCAAUCUCUUUACAAAUCUCAUGUGUGAUUUUUGAAAUGCUAUCUUCUGUAGAAACAUUGUCGAUGAUCAUCAAAUUGAUAAAAUGACAUUACAAUUUAAAAGACAGGUAUUCAUAGUUGAGUUGCAUUUCCAUUUGAAAUCACAGGAGUCACAUUGUUUCCAUAAUACUGUAAUCACAUAUAUUUCUUUAUUCACCCUGCCAUUCUCCAAACAUGCCCUUUGCGCAUCCUUAUAAUGUCAACAUUUUAAUGGAUAGUAUAAAUAUGCAAUGGCUCAGUGGUUACAGACAC